ACAAAUAAAAUGUUUUAUUUAUAUCCCAUAUCAUUUGUAAUAUAAAAGAUCAAAACUCUCUACUACUAUAAAUUAAUUUAAAGUCAAAUGAGCAAUAUGGCUUGGACUCUCCAGGUCGAGUUCCACCGUGCGACCUAACGGUAAUUCAGCUUAUCCCGUCUUUGAACGAACUGCAGCCCUCGUCGCGGAAAGCUCCGAGAGCGCGGAGGUCGGGAAAGCUCCGGAACUAGAGCUUUCCGCCGCACGCACUCGCUGGCGACCGAUUUUCCAACGGAAUCAGAAGCAGUGAAAAUCCGGAGCGCCGAGCACCACGACGACGCACAGCGGCGGGACAAGGAAAAACUAGUCGAGGCGCGCACUGCCAUCCGAAAAUCCAAAAAAUAUAGUGGAGAGAGCGGGGAAAGCGGGGAAAACGCACUCGAAAGAUACACUUUUCCGACGAAAUGUCUUCGCGGCGUGUGUGCAAGAAACAUUUUGAUUAGGCAAUUAAUUGAGCAAAGUGCAAGUGCGGUGGGUGGAAAUGUUUUAGACUCCGUUCGGUGGGGUGCGGCGGGUUUUCCGGGGGGCGCAUGUGAAAAGCGCGUAAAGAAAAGACAUCAAUAGUCAAUUGUAAUUUAAAGAGUAGGGACUUAAGCGACCGCAAUGGGCAACGUGUGCAGUUCCGGCCAGAAGAAAAAGAAGGACAAGGAUAGUGCCUCCGAAAAGUCAGACGACUCACCUCCUUACCAGGAGGCGGAACAGAAGAACACCCUGAUCUCCGCCGAUUCGAGUGCUGGUGAUGGAAUGCGGGCUCCCUUGGCCGCCGUGGAGGCACUUCCGGAGGCGACACCGCUGCCGGAGGCCAACGGAAACCAGCAGGUCCAGAUGCAGCCACCAACGGGCCCGGGAAAGCCAGGGGGAGCAGAGAAGGAUUCAAAUAGCACCACACCACAGGGGGCGCAGGCGCCCAGUGACGUGGCCAAUGCCAAUCCCGGAGCCGGAAACCUGAGCGUGCUGCAGGGCAAGCCGCCGCCCGGCCGCAAGAUUGAGCGGGACAAGAAGAUCGUGGUCUACAUCCUGGCGGACAACAGCACCGAGUACAAGAAGCACAAGCGGGUCGUCCACAGCCUGUACAAGCAUUUCAAGAGCAAGUGCCAAAGCCGUGGCUUUGACUUCAUCAUCGCCGAUGUUCACGACAGCGAGCCGGAGACGGAGCCGGGAAAUGGCAAUGCCAGGAAGGAUUUCUCCCGCCUGCAGGAGGCGAAGCGCUGGACCCAAACGCCGCUGGAGGCGCAGGGCGGUCACGAGGAAGCGGCCAACUGUCUGUGCGAGAUCACGCGCCACUCGGCCGGAGCGUAUGUGAUCCCCGUUCUGUUCUUGGGCGCCACCCUGGGCACACCGAUGCUGCCGCUGACCAUCGAGAGCCAGGACUUCACCUCGGUGCUGGGCACCGCUAGUGAGGAAGAGCGUCUGCUCCUGGAGAAAUGGUACACCAUUGACAACUCGUACCAGCCCAUGUGCCAUCGACUCCAUGCCCAACAGGUGGAUCCCUACUCAAGCCAGGUGAACGGGGAACUGAACGAGCUACUGGCGGUCCUCUUGCGUCUCUUCUCCGACGACGUCAAGGACUCGUAUCUGACCACUGUGGUGGAGCAGGAGAUCAAUAACACGGUUCUGAUGAGCCAGGAGCUGGCCAAGCGCUGUAUCUGGAUCCAGACGGGCAGUCAGGUGGCACGGCCGUCGGAGAAUGCCAGCCCUUUGGAGCUGGAGGUGCAACGGAGGCUCAGCCAUGUGUACUCCGGUCUCAAGAGCCAGUUGAGCGAGAAAAACCUCAUACGUAUGUUGCCCACGAUGAGCAUCCUGGACGAGGAAUUGUCGGCGGUGAUCGAGAGUCUGCUGGACAAGACGCUGGCCGGGAUCUUCGAGGAGCACCAGCAGAAGAACAGCAUCCCCUACAAUACGCUGGGCGUGGACCGCGUGCUGCUCGAGGAGCUUCGCCUGGUGGGCCACUACUCCAAGCUUUUGGCACAGAACUCAGCCAACUUCGACAUCAUGAACGACGUGAAGCGCUACAUCCGCGACAGCACCGCCCAACCGCUGGUCGUAUCCGGGGCACGGGGUAGUGGCAAGAGUGUAUUGGUCUCCAAGAUCAUGGAGAAUGUCCACCGCUGGAAGCCGGAGGCACAGCUCAUACUGAGAUACGCCAAUCUCAGUGCCCGCUCAUCGGAUCUCACUUCAUUGCUGGGCUCAAUGGCCAACCAGAUGUCGGUCCUGGAGACGGGACAUCAAUGCCAAGUGCCACACACACUAGAGGGUUAUUCUCGAGUGAUUCGAGAGAUCCUUGACCGGCAACAGCGCUUCUUCGUGCUGAUCAUCGACGGCGUGGACGAGCUGCAGCGGGAUGAGCUGCUCGAUUGGCUUCCGCAGCAGCUGGGCAGCGCCAAACUGAUCCUCACCAUCAGCGAGCUGGCGGACGAGGGGGAGGAUGUGGACGGGACGGAGGCUGGGGACUCCUUUGAUAUGCUAGCCGCGCUGGCGCAGUUGGGCAUACCACAGCGGUGCUUCCUGCGACUGCGACAAUUUACGGAACGCCAGUGGCACGACAUCCUCAGCUCGGGCGGCGGAGACUUCUAUGCGGCCAAUGGGGCACUGAAGUUGCCCGACGAAUGGAAGACGCUGCACGGGAAGACGCCCUACCACGCCAAGUCCUUGUGGUGGUUGGCCUGGCUGGGGCAUGUGGCUCAGCCGAUUAGCGAGAUCGGCGACAUCUCCAGCCGGAUACUUCAGGUCCUGGAGUCCAAGUUCGCCACCGAUCAGGUGGAACUAUUGCUCCUGAUCGUCCGCCUGUCCCCGUGGGGCAUCCGGGAGAGCGAUUGCCUGGGCGUUUUCCAGAAAAUGACCCAGCUGGAGGCGCAGGUCGCCUUCAAGGUCUGGUCCAAGUUCUGCUGGCUGAUGGGACCAAUGCUGUUAGGUCUUAAGAAUAUUAGGAUAGCGGACAAGAGCUUUGGACGAGCGGUCCUGGCGAGGUACGCGCAGAAGCAGUGGCUGGUACAUGAAGCGCUGCGGGACUACUUCGACCGGCAGGACAGCGAGUUCAAGGGUAGCCAGGGUGCCAACACCUACAAUUACCAAAAGUACUUAAAACUGCCUUAUCAUCAUUUCUGUGCCGUGAUCGAGGACAAUCCGGCGCCUCACAAGAUCGACAUACUCUUCAACUGCUUUUACUUUACGGACCUGCAGUGGAUCGCCAAUAAGGUGCACGCCACGGGACCGGAGCACCUGCUGAACGACAUCCUGCAGGCGGAGUGGCUGGCCAAAUCCGGCGGCGAGAACUGCCCCACCGCAUACGUGCACAUCUGUUUCCUGAAGCAAUUCCUGGAGCAGUAUCUCCACGAACUGAGCUACGAUGGCCAGCAGUUCUACACGCUGAUGAAGUAUUAUCUGAAGACGCGGUUCCGGGAAGCACCAGAGCUCAAGGACGACGAGAAGAUACGCUCCUGGUGGGAGUACACUAAUGAGCUCGAGUUUGCCUUCCUCGAGAUUCUUAACGCGGACUUGGAUGCGGAGAACGGUAAUCAGGCGGAGCAGGAGAAGCCUUCGGAGGACGCAGUCCCAUCCGCGGUCCCCGUCAAGGGCUACGAUGUCCUAUUGAAUCUGCCCCAGCCCGGAUGCUAUGUGGCCUCCAUGUGCACAGACCGAGCUGAGAUCUGCAUAUGGGACGUGAAGAAUUGCUGUCGAAUCCGGGAGCUGCAGGGCAUCCAGCAGCCGACGGCGAUGUGUCCUGUGGGUAACUAUGAGGCAGCAGUCCUGUGUCGCCGCGAGAUCCGCGUCAUCAACCUGGACGAGGGAAAGUUCAAGGUAACUCUCAAAGGCGUAAUGAACCAAAAAAUGCCGUAUUUCGGUCUGCACGAUCAGAAUCACUUGGUUUGCUUAUCGCGCAACCGGAUGUAUGUGAAUCUGAUGAAUCUGGAGUCGGGCGAUUGUGUGACCACCUUCAAGGCGGGUGAGGACCGCUUCCUCAAUUCCCUGUUGGUCUCUGGAGAUGGAAGGAUCUUGGUGUGCGGUGAUGAGACCCAGAAGCCUUUCCCACUGCUCGUUUGGCACCUAUCGCAGAGAAAGUUGCUCUAUGACCUCCGAAUCCCGCACCACGACUUCAUCACCUCCCUCUCCGCGAUCACCCACGAGGGCUCCUAUGUGUGCGUGGUGGCCAAAGAGCUGAACGAGCCGACGACGCCCAACUUCAUUGUGGUAUACGACUUACAGAGCGGCACUCUGUUCAAGAAGUGGAAACCAUCCUGCAACACAGUUUCCCUGGCAAUCUCCCAGGUGAACGCUUGCGUCAUCGCCGGCCUAGAAGAUGCCAAAAUCCUAAUCUGGGAUCUGGUCACGGGCAACUGCAAGAGCACCUUGAUUGGUCACAAUGCUCCGGUAACGUUCUUGAAGCUGGAUCCAUUGGGAAAGGUACUACUCUCCUACGACAAGGAGGGACGUGACUCGGCUGUCCGCAUGUGGGAGUUGAAUUCGGCCAAAUCACUGGCCGUGUUUAAGCCACCGGCGCAAGUGAGCACUUGUGAGAUUCUGCCAAACGGAUCCUUCGUGGUGCUGGCUCUCAAGGAUCGCAACUCCUUGCUGACCCUGGCUUUGAAGAACUACGGCGGAGGAUCGGGCGCCCUCGACGAUGACUGUGGCACUCUAUACGGCAAUCCAGACAACCAGCACAAAGUUUUCGACUUGAGUAAUUAAAUCAAUUAACGCUAGUUAUCAUUAUUCAAAUUAUAAAUGAAGCAUAACAGGGUACGAGCCCAAGGAAGGCAGAACUCUGAAUUAUUAUAAAUAUGGCAAACAAAUUUCUCAUGCAUAAUUCAUUAGAUGUAUGUAAAAUUCUUUGAGCAAAUCUUACCAAAUGUACAAAGCAAAGGAAAUCCAAAAAACAUUAAAAAUUCAAAAAUCUAC